AAAAAUUUGUUUUGAAUUGUGUGCCCCACCCGUCAAAUCGUGAAUGUUUAAAUCAAAUCAUUAAAUGUAGUGAACAAGAGUUAAAAGUUUUCCACAAAAAAGUAUACAAACUUUUUAUACUUAAGUUUGUUAACACUUAAGUCAAUGUUUAAUAUGAAAAAGUCAUUUAAAUAACAUUAUCUCGAAUUAUGGAUACAACAUAUCAAAGCACAAACUACAUCAAUGGUCAGCCGGGUCUCUCACCCGACCAUCAAAACAGAUCAAUUAAUGUAACCGAUAUAAGUGAACAUUUGAGUAGUCAACAAAGUAAUGUCCAUCAAAGUAGUGGUAAAAGUAGACCAUUAAUAGAAUGGAUAAGCGGUAUAAUAUCAGUAGUUUUAAUAAAGUAUUGGAUAUGGAUAGUGGCCAGUAUGUUAAUGGUUAUGUCCCUAAGCGGGGAUCGUAUUGUGCUCUACCGUAUAGUAUAUAUGGCAUUAUUUCUCACUUUUGUGCUUUUAUUUCAGUUUUCAUAUUCACUGUGGAAACGCUUUUUGUAUAGUUUUUGGUUAAUUGUUAUAAUUUAUUCAAUCAUUACAUUACUGGCGAUAUAUAGCUAUCAGUUUAAUGGAGUUCCAGAGUUUUGGAGCGACUCAUUAAAAGUGAAUAAUCAACUACAACAAGAUCUUGGACUUCAAGUAUAUAAACAGGACAUAUGGGUGCUCUUCAAGGAGUUGUUUACACCGACAUUCUUCCUAAUCAUAACCAUAAUUCAAGUCCAUUACUUUCACCACAAAUUUCUUGCUUAUAUCAACUCUGAUAAGCAAAUAGGCUGUGAAUCGCCGACAACUACUAGUCAAACAACGUCACCACAAGAUUUAGUCAAUGAUAACAUUCAACUUAAUUUGGAUAUCGAUAGCGACGGGCGGACAGAUAUAUCGUCAACCGAUACACAGACACAAAAUACUGUUAAAACUUUAUUAAGUAAAUCACAAAAAUCUUCUCAAAGUUUGCACAGAAAUAAGGUUUUUGAUCAACAAUUAUCUGUUGAGUCUUCCGAACCUAAAGAUUCAAAUGAGUUAUCUUUGAUUCAAAAUGAAUCAAAAACAGAACCACAAGAAGAUUGCAAAUCAAGUUUUGAAGAAAUAAAAGAAUUAUUAGCAGUUGUUUGGGUCAAACUCGAGCCAAUUGUUAAGUUAUGUGUUGAAGUGAUUUGGAGAUUAAUUGAGAUUCAUAUCAUAAAAGUUGUCACAUUUUGCUCUGUAGUUGUGGCCAUUUCUGAUGUAUCAGCAAUGAAUAUAGUGUUCAUAAUCUUAGCGGUAUUGUCGAUGCCUUUCAAUCAUUUGGAAACAAUUAUUUGUCGAUUACUAUCAAUUUGGGCAACAGUUAUGAUUUUGCUUAAAAUGCUAUUUCAAUUACAAUUUGCACAAAACAUUAAAUGGGAAACUGUUUGUUCAAAUCAGCAAAACAUGACAUUAGAUAAUCGUCUUUGGAUUGGUUUGCAUCCAACCGAUAAUAUAUUUGUUUACCUUACGGAAUACAUAAUACUUAUAGUGGUUUUAGUUUUGCGAUCGGUUGUUAUAAUACGACAAUACGAACACCGUUUGAAACAUAAUAAGUGUCCGCCAACUGGUGUUGUCUUUGCUGGUGUCGGCCGUAAAGAUGCUGACAAAGAUCUGAAAGGGUUGACAAUGUUUUGUAUAAAUUACUGUUUCUACAAGUUUGGUGUUGAAGUAUGUUUUAUAUUGUUAACCAUAUCUAUUGGUUCCCGAAAUGACAUAUUUAGUGUUUUAUACUCCUUUUGGCUUUUGCUUAUGGUUUUAAUGAAUAGAAAAAAUGUUGAGAAGAUAUGGCCUUAUUUUGUAGGCUUUUUAGUUGUUGUACUUCCCUUACAAUAUAUAAUAUGUUUAGGACUUCCUCAAGGACUUUGUAUAGACUAUCCGUGGAAAAACAUUCCUGGUUUUAGUGACCGAUUGAGGCGAUGGCUAUUUUUGCCAAAUUAUAAUGAAGAUCCCGGUGUCGGCAAACUUUACUUAGAUUUCUUUAUACUAAUGUUUUGUUGUCGACAAUUGAUUGGUUUUAGACUUGAAAAAAGUCUUACCUGUUUGGGUGGCAGUAAUAUUGAGGCACAUCUCGAGAAAAAUAUAGUGUCGACAAACAUGAAUAGUGUUCCCGACUUCUUUGCCUUUGGACAUACAGUUCUCGACUCAAUUAAGUCGACAUUUUUCUUCUGUUUCUUUUGGAUCACAUUAGCCAUUAUUUUCAUGGCCGGGACACUACAGGUCAGUCUAUUUGCAUUGGGAUAUGUUUUGGCCUGUUUUCUCUUCUUAUGGAAUGGUAAUGAGUUUUAUCUGAAACCCAUUGAACUGGUGUUCCGACUCUGGAAGACCAUCAUUGCCUACACAGCUCUUGUUAUUCUCAGUAAAGCAAUAUUACAAAUUGUUGGUUGUGUUUAUAUAACUAGUUUAUUGAAAGAUUGGUGUUGGGUCGUCCAAUUGCUAGGUAUUGCUUGUUUGGAUCCAUCAAAUUCAAUACCAACAGAGUCUUUACCAUUGGAUGGCACGUGUAAACAGCCCUCUGAAGCGGCAGGUCUUCUAUGGGAUGCAAUUUGCUUUGCAUUUCUAAUAAUACAAAAACGGAUAUUUUGCAGCUAUUAUUUUACUCAUUUGGUUCGUGAAGUUAAAGCACAACAAGUUUUGGCCUCAAGAGGUGCUGAACUCAUACAUGAAAUUCAGGCCAAAGAGGUGGCCGACCAAGAGUUGGCUGAAAAAGAAGUAAUGGAAAAGAUUAAGCAAAAGAUGGAUCGCAUAAAAGCUGCCCAACAGAGGAUGUUUGCAGACAAAGCCAAGAGUAUUAAAGCACACAAACAGGCUGUCCGUUCGGGAGGUUAUUACAUGUUUGACGACACGGAAUCAGAAAUGGUUGAUCUCAAUGAAAAGCCAAGAAAAUCUUUGAUUCCGGAUCCAGAAGGCGAUGAAAUGAGAAAUUUUGCAAAACUUCAAGGAUUUACUGCCUUUUGCGCUAAAUUAAUGAAAGGAGAAGUCGACGAAACAGAGGCCACAAUUGUUUCAGAAGAAUCUGUAGAUAUUGGAGAGUCGAGUAAAGAUUCGGCAAUUGUCUCACUCGAUAGAGAUCCCGACGCAUCCAUGUCUACAGCAAUAACAACUGUCGAACAGUUGUCUUCCAGUUCCAAACCAUCAACUCAUGUGAUUAGCUCUAAGAAGUCUUCCAAAUAUUGGAAACAAGAUGUCAAAAAUGAAAAUGAAAAAGAAGUUGAUAUUAGCGACAGAGAUGAAAAUGAAGAGAAAGAAGAAGAAGAAGAGAAAAACAAGAAAAAAGAGUCAAUAUUUAGUAAAAUGAAGAAUAUUUUGCAUUUAUUUAUUAUGUUUAUAGAGAGUGCACUCAUUUCAAUGACUGCUAAACUAAAUACAUUGUCUCGCGAUUAUCGAUAUGUCGCCCGAAGACUAUCUAUCGAAAAGAAAUAUUUGAAGAGAAUUCUUGAAAUUGAAGAAUCAAAUGGAUCCAAAUAUGACUUUAUGGACAAUAUUUGGAAAAAACGAACUUUGGCUAAGAUAUCACAAUCAACACUUCCGAAAGAGAGAAGUUUUGAUUCAGUCAAUGAUGUCAUCUCUAAGAAGAAGAAUAAAAUCGGAGAAUCAGAGAAACCAAAUUCUGAUGAAGCAAUCAUAUCUAUGGAAUCGGAUUUAGAGGACUCAUCCUUCUUGAGGGCCAACGUUUACAUGCGAUUCGUUAGAUCCGUGUUUUAUGCAAUCCUUUCUCGCAGUGAAGUUAUGUGUUAUAUAAUAAUAGUUUUCAAUCAAAUCACUUCGGCUUCAAUUCUAUCACUUCCACUGCCAUUGUUUGCAUUUCUUUGGGGAUCACUAUCUAUUCCUCGGCCUUCAAAAGCUUUUUGGAUUACAGUGAUUACAUACACUGAAGUUAUUGUUGUUAUUAAAUACAUCUUUCAGUUUGAUUUCUGGCCGUGGCUUCGGGACCCGAGAAUACAUUUUUCACCAUUUUAUUGGCCGCGGAUUUUCGGUAUUAGUAAGACAGAGAAUUACGCUCAGUAUGAUCUGGCAUUACUUCUCGUCUUAUUUUUCCAUAGAUUUAUGCUUAAAAGUUUAGGACUCUGGGAUUUGUCUGAAGCAGAAAUUACAGCUUUUAUGGAAACUGUUGAAAGAAAGACAUCAAUGUUUUUGGAUCAGAUGUCUCAGACAAACAUAUUGGCUAAAUUGAAAUCCGAUAAGAAAAGAAAAUUAUCGGUAAAAAACCAGAAAAUUAUUGAUAAAUGUGAAGCAAAAGUUGAGAAAAAGACAGAACAAGAGUUGGAUAUCGAAAAACAACUUUUACUUAGAGAAAGAAGUUUAUCCGACAGAGAGAGGGAUCCAUCCUUUUGUGUCAUUGGUUUUUCAGAAGUGACGACAAUCGAUGAAACACAAGAAUGUCAAUCAAAAGGAUUUGUAUCUCCGAUAAAGUUUUUAAAUCUAAAAACAAUUAAAUUAAGAUCACAAAAAAUUAUAAAACCGGUCCGACAUUUCAUGCAUAGUGUUCUUCAUCCUCCAUAUCGUAUAUCAAAAGAUGUCUAUUCAUUGAUGUUUUUGUGUGAUUUUGUCAACUUUUUUAUACUUGUAUUUGGAUUUUCAGCAUUUGCUAGUGGUAUCAGUGAAGACGUGACAUCUUUUCUUGAAGAGAAUAAAAUUCCGAUACCUUUUCUGGUGACACUUCUAUUGCAAUUUGCAUUGAUUAUCAUUGACAGAGCUCUAUACUUGAGAAAGUAUAUCAAAGGAAAGCUUGUCUUUCAAAUACUGUUGGCAUUAGGUAUUCAUAUUUGGCUUUUCUUUGCGUUGCCAGCGAUGACUGAUAAACCAUUUACAACCCGAGAGAACUGGCCGCCAAAAUUCUACUAUAUAUUCAAAUGCAUAUACUUUUUAUUAUCUGCUUAUCAAAUAAGGAGUGGUUAUCCCACAAGAAUUUUAGGCAAUACUUUUUGUAAAAAAUACAAUCUUAUAAAUUGGUAUCUUUUCAAAGGAUAUAUGGUAAUCCCGUUUCUAUAUGAUUUGCGAAUGUAUAUGGACUGGAUCUGGACGGACACCAGUCUUGUAUUGGAUGAAUGGUCUCUAAUGGAAGAUAUAUUUGUUAAUCUUUAUGAACGAAAAUGUGAACUCAAAUUGGAUGAAGAAUUUCCCGAACCUCGCGGUAAAGCAAAGAGAAGAUUCUUUAAAUAUUUGUUGGGCGGCGCGUGGGUUGUACUCAUUAUUGGUUUAAUAUGGGGUCCGUUGGGAUUGUUUGCUUUGGGUAGUGCUGUCGGUUCAACCAACAAACCUGUCGGUGCAAAAAUUGAAUUAGAGUUCGGAGGAUAUCAACCUGUAUUUCAAAUGAGUGUUUCAGAAAAUGGAUUGCAACCGAUUGAUGACAGACUUUUUGAUUAUUUAAAAACCAAUAAUGAUUUUGUAGGCAAUGCUAUGGCACAGGCCUUCAUCAAUGGUUAUGAUCAAAGCGAUAUUAUGGUCGUACAUCUAAAUGGUAAUUCAACUGCUGUUUGGGGUAUUAGUCCACCAUCUGCUCAAAAAUUGUCUGAAGACCUUUUGAACAAUACUAUUGAAGUGACAGUAAAACUGACGUAUUCUAUAAUUAGAAUAAAAAAACAAAAAACUCAAGACAUGGAUGUAAUCAUUUCUGAUUCAAGAAUUCGUAAAUUACAUCCAAUCUCUGACUGGCUUUUGCGCAAAAAUAUAGCCGAAAUGCUUAAAAGCAAUAUAACUGGUGAACAGCCGGCAGUCAUUCCAAACAUAUUUCCAAACUAUUUAAGAGUUCCAGAAAAAGGAAAGCCUACAGUCGUGGACAAACUUAUUAGGAGUAAACCAAAUCCAGAUAACGAAACUAAAGAUUUGUAUGAAUAUAGAAAUGUUGGAAUACUAUUACAACGAGCUCAGGGAUCCACUGGUGAUUCUAACCUUUGGUGGGAAAUACACGACAUCUGUGACUAUUCUGAUAACCGUUUUUUGGAUGAGUUCUUCAAAGAAGAUUUGCUUAAAAGCCAGAAUUGUCAAUAUUUACCAAUUGUUCUCUUUAAUGACAAAGUAUUUAUAGGAUUACUGGCCUUUCUAUCUGGUUAUGGCAUUAUUGGUAUUUACACUACUUUUGUAUUUUUGGUGUCCCGUUGGGUACGAGGUCUCAACUCAGAGGCGUCAUUCAAAGUGAUUUACACCCGAAUGCCAAACGUUGACCGAGUCUUACAGCUCUGUCUCGAUAUAUAUUUGGUUCGUGAAAGUCAUGAGUUUGAACUCGAAGAAGAUCUUUACGCAAAACUUAUAUUCCUGUAUCGAUCGCCUGAAAUGCUUAUCAAAUGGACAAAACCUGCUGAAGAGCUGCCAUCACAAGAGACACAACACCAAAAACAUCGACAUUCAGGUCAUCAACAAUAAAGACAAAUGAUUUAUAAUUAAUUUAUUCAAUAAUCCCUCCAAUUUGUCUAAACUACAGUAUAUUCAUUAACUUAAAUGUUUUGAUAACUUUGUAUAUUUGUAUAAUAAUUAUAGCCAAUGCCCA